CCCAGUGAACGUCUCUCUACAUUUCAGCUAUCGCUCGCGCUACCGACCAGUUGAAAACAUCCUCGCGCUUGGGAGGUGAUCCAGGAUUUCUGUUUAGGAGAGGACGGGGAGACAUCACCCACACUGCUCGACAACCAUGCACAUACUCGGGGUCCCUUUUUUGCUGUUGUGUCUCAUUUGGGGCCACUCCUGCGCUCUCGGCGGAAAAGUCAACAAGCACAAGCCGUGGAUAGAAACAUCUUACCAUGGUGUGAUCACGGAGAACAUGGACAUGGUGCUGCUGGACCCUCCGCUGGUAGCUCUGGACAAGGAUGCCCCGGUCCCCUAUGCUGGGGAGAUUUGUGCCUUUAAGAUCUAUGGUCAAGAUGCUCCAUUCGAGGCAGUGGUGUUGAAUCGCACAUCAGGAGAGGGAGUCCUGCGGGCCAGUAGCCCAGUGGACUGUGAGAGCCAGAAAGAGUAUACCUUCAUUAUCCAGGCCUACGACUGUGGGGCCGGGCCCAGCGGGGCCGACUGGAAGAAAUCCCACAAGGCGGUGGUUCACAUCCAGGUGGAUGACGUCAAUGAGUUCUGCCCCGUGUUUCGGGAGCCGCUUUACAAGGCAUCAGUAACAGAGGGCAAAAUCUACGACAGCAUUUUGCAGGUGGAAGCUUGGGACCAAGACUGUUCCCCCCAGUACAGCCAGAUCUGUAACUAUGAGAUCGUCACUGCAGGGACGCCAUUUGCCAUUGACCGCAAUGGAAACAUCAGAAACACAGAGCGGCUGAGCUAUGAUAAGCAGCAGAGCUCCAAGAUUAUGGUGACAGCCUUUGAUUGUGGUCAGAAGAGAGCAAAGGAGGAUGUGGCUGUGCAUAUUGAUGUCAAGCCUGUCUGCAAACCUGGAUGGCAAGGUUGGAACAAACGGGUGGACUAUGAACCAGGGACUGGUAGCAGGCAGUUGUUUCCCAAGAUGCACUUGGAAACGUGUGGAGGUCCCCUGUCUGGCGUGAAGGCGAUGGUAGAGCUACAGACCAAUCACAUCGGGAAGGGCUGCGAUCGGGAAACAUACUCGGAGAACUCUCUGCAAAAACUCUGUGGUGCAGCAUCUGGCAGCACCGACCUCCUUCCUGCCCCCAGCUCUUCCUCCAACUGGACGGCGCCUCUGCUGACUGACAGUGGCCGCGACAGCGACCUUAUCUACAGAUUUGACGGCCAUCAGGCUGCUAAUGUUCCAGAUCACGUGGUCCCUCAAAACCUGACAGACCAGUUCACCAUAGCAACAUGGAUGAAACACGGGCCCAGUCCAGGACUCCGAGCUGAGAAGGAAACCUUACUGUGUAACUCUGACAAGACUGAAAUGAACCGCCACCAUUACUCUCUGUAUGUUCACAACUGCCGCCUGGUGUUCCUGCUCAGAAGAGAUUUCACUCAGGUUGACACUUUCAGACCCGCAGAGUUCCACUGGAAACUGGAGCAGAUCUGUGACAAGGAAUGGCACUAUUAUGUGAUCAACGUGGAGUUUCCUGCAGUGACCCUAUUUGUCGAUGGUGUGACCUAUGAACCCUACCUGGUGACGGAUGACUGGCCGAUCCACACCGCAAAGAUUGAUACGCAGCUGACUGUGGGCGCCUGCUGGCAAGGUGGUGAGGUAGGGACCCCAAGGUUCACCCAGUAUUUCCGUGGCAGCCUGUCAGGUCUGACAAUCCGACCAGGCCGCAUUGAAACCCAGAAGGUUAUUUCCUGUUUGCAGGCCUGCAAAGAAGGCCUUGAUAUUAACUCCCUUGAAAGCCUCGCUAAGGACAUCAAGUUCCAUUUUAACCCUGCCCAGUCUGUGCUGGUGGUGGAGGGAGAGGAUCUGGACAGCAUCAACACAGCCAUGACUAAGGUCUCCUACAUUAACUCUCGCCAGUUCCCUACACCAGGCCUCCGACGGCUACACAUAACAACCACAGUACAGUGUUUCGGCGAGGACACGUGUCUCUCCAUCCCAGACAUCAAAUCGGUGGUUAUGGUCCUGCCGCCCAGUGAACCGAGAAUCACCAUCACAGGAUCUAAUCGGCUCGUCAGGCCUGCCAGUGACCUGCGGGGCCCGCUGGGUGUGGCACCCUUCAAAGAGCUUCACAUCACCAGCACAGUAAUGAAGGCAGACAGCUUCGGUGGAUCCCGCAGACCAGGUGUGAUGGAGGUGAUGCAUAACCUGGACUACUGCGAUGUGCUGGUAAUCGGGGAAGAACUGAAUCCUGAGAGAGAGAGUCUGGAGAUUCAUCACAGUGUGUUGCUGGGAAAACACCUGGAUGCCACCAACUCCACCUCUGGAAUAUCAAUAUAUGGUGUGGACUCCAUGGCUCACUAUGAGCAGGCACUGAGACAGGUGCGCUACAGGAACUGGCGACCUGCCACCCUGAGCGAGCGAAGGCUCAGACUCACUUGCUCUGAACUCAACGGGCGAUACACCAGCAAUGAGUUCAAUUUGGAGGUCAGCGUUCUUCACCACUCAGCACCUGUGGAACAUGUCAAUCAUAUGGCUGUUGAACCUCAGUACAUGAGACCGGUGCAUCACCCACUCAUGAUACACACUCUCAACACACACAUGUCAGGAGCAGCACCUCCAGCAGCCACUGCAGUUAUCGUGGUCUGUAUCGCUGCCCUGGUGGUGAUCGUGGUGAUCGGCGUGUACAGGAUCCAUGCCACACAUCAGGAGGGGUCCAGAGAAGACGACGACGACGAGGCCAAAGACACCGAGGAAGACUGGGACAACUCUGCACUCAACAUCACUGUCAACCCCAUGGAGAACGUAGGAGCUCAAGCAUGUGAUGAGGAGGUAACGGAAGAAGUACAUGAGGAGGAGGAAGAAGAGGAGGAACAGAACAGUGAUGAAGAUGGCGGAGAAGAAAAAGAGAGGGAAGAGGUGAAAGAGAGGAAGCAGAUGGGAAAACUAGAGUGGGACAGUUGCUCCAUAACAUACUGACCACACAUGCAUAAAGAGAUACCUGCACAUAUAAUCACUCUUUACGUGUCUGUCUCUCUCGCUUUGACAAACACACACACACACACACACACACACACACACACGUACGUGUUAGUGAGGAUGUAGGAGUGCAAACGCACAGGACCUUCUUUCAGGAGGUCAGGGUUCAAGUCCAGUCCGACCUCAUGAGUGAAAGUACUGUGUUGCUGCGUUCCUCCUUUCCAGUUAUGUAGUAUUUGGUUUAAAAGCCUUUAUUUGUGAUUUUUGACGGUAGGAAGUAUUUAUGUGCUUCUCCGUCCUCCCCAUGCACAUACAUACUCACACGUUAUUGACUGCCAUAAUGCAUUUUGCCUCCACCUGUCUCAACCUCAUUUAUGUUAUUAGCGGUUGUUGUGCCACCUUGUUGUAAAAACUUCAAGUUAACGUCAAAAAGGUUAUUCCUCCCCGACCCCAUGAACAUUUGUAAAUACUUAUGCACACAUGUAUUGCAUGUGGGAGCAAAUGAAGUAUAUGUAUGUAUGUGCAAGUGAAGUAUUCAAUUCUGGCCUAGGCGCAGGCACACACUAAAUGACAUCUCCCUCUGCUGGACAAAGUCAGAACUACAGAAUGAGCUGCAGUCCCACAGUGCUGGAAUACAUCGUCUGUACGUACAUGGUUAUUCACAUCACAGUCAAGGAAGCAAAAAUCAAAGUUUUGCUGAUAAAAAUAAAUCUAAACUCUUGAAUACAGCCACACAAAUUCUCCAUUUCUUACAUUAACACAAAUAAUGUAAACUUUUAUCCCAACAUUUAUUAUGUGAAUUACAUGUCCUCAUCUUACUUAUAUAUAUAUAUUUAUGUUUUCAACAGAUUGUCUGCAAGACGGUGAGUUAUUAGCAGAUUAUCCGCAAAAUGUAUCCAUAUACAUAUCGAUUAGUUAAUGUAUCCAUAAACUUUUUAAAACAUAAUUCCCUUGACCUUUAUAGUAGGUAUAACAUAGCUGUACUGUCACUCAGUGUAUGUCUCACCUUUUCGUCUGUGUGAAGAGUGCAUCACAGUGCCGUGGUUCUCUGGCCCGGACACUAAAGAGAAACAAAAUACAGAUAUGUCAUCUCUGACCAUAAACAUUCCACAUUUGUCCUGAUUUAUAUACAAAGCAGAAUUAUUAACCAUUUAAUAUCUUCCAUCUUUGCUUUUCUCAAAAGUAUUUUAAAGCUACAACAAUCACUGCUCUAUCAGCUAAUGAACUGAUGGAAGCAGUUAUUUUGUAGUUCAAAUACUCCUAGAAACAAAAGAGCAGUUAGUUUGCAUAGGUCUGCGUACCAAAUCUAUCCAUACUGUGACCUAUUGUAGCUUUUGCUGUUUAGGGUUAGAUCAGUUAUAGCUUUUUUCAACAGAUGAAAUAACAGAUGUUACUGUAUGCUACCGAUAUCCUGUCUUUCCAUUCUCUUUAAUUCCAUACUAAAUGGGCCCCUCUAUGCAAUUAUGGGCCCAGUCUUAAAGGAGCAGUAAUACCAAAAAUACUGGAUCCUACACUUCCCAUAAUGCAAUUCAGAAGCAUCUCUUCUUAGAUCUGGCAAGCAAAUGCUUUUUAAUCUCCACGCCUCCAGUUUUUAAUGCGCGGUUUCUGUUAAAGAUUAUCAAAGAUACCCCCGAUUACAUUUCCGAGGUUAAUUCUCAGACUUGACAGAUGACAAAUAUGUUUUCACUGACGCAUAAAUUGAACUUAAUGUGUUAAAUGGGGGAGUGCUACACUGCUCUAAAUUCUGGAGAAAGGGAGCAGAAUGAUUGUUUAUUAAGUUGCUGAUCCUGCACAACUUCACCACAACUACAAGCAAAAGUGGAAACUCCAUUGAUAUUGAUUCCAUCUUGUACCAUAGUUAUUGCAGAUUACGUGAACUUGUUUAGACAAAGUUUAAUUCCAUGGGUUUGUCUACAUUCACAUGAUCUUAACGCAACUCCUUUGACAUUCCCAUUUCUACUGGGAGAAACCACGUCUCACCUGUUCAUGUCUGCACGAUAUCAGUGACGAUUAGCUGAUACGUCUCCUGUUCACUCGUCCCUCCCUCUGUUGGCCUUUAAGCACCUGUGAUUGUGAUGUCAUCAUUGUGAAACAACUGCCUUGUUUCCCCUCGCCCCCCGUUGUCAUAUUGUGCUUCUGAAAGAUCAAAGAGAAAAAAGAUUCUUUUACAUAUAAAAACAAACCCUGUAAAAAUGUUCAAGACAGUUAUUUUAUAUAUCCGUUUCUUUUUCUUUUUGUAAACAAAAUGGUUGGGAUUUCUCUCUCUUCAGUGGUUAUCCCACUGCUUUCUGUAAAUUGACCAAUAAAGACUUGUUUUAGACUCUA